GGGAGGGUCACGCAGGUUAUAUAGCUUAUAAGCCGCCGCCUAGAAAAUCCAGAAAGGCCAUUUUGUUCGACGAAGGUGAAGAAGAAGAAGAAGCAGAGAGACAAACAAAAAAAAUGAAGUACGUAUUGGUGACAGGAGGAGUGGUGAGUGGACUUGGGAAGGGAGUCACUGCAAGUAGCAUUGGACUUCUCCUUCAAGCCUGUGGUCUUCGUGUUACCUCUAUUAAGAUUGAUCCUUAUCUUAAUACUGAUGCUGGAACAAUGUCUCCGUUUGAGCAUGGAGAAGUAUUUGUAUUGGAUGAUGGUGGAGAGGUGGACUUGGACCUUGGAAACUAUGAGCGAUUUUUAGACAGUACACUGACCCGUGACAACAAUAUAACAACCGGAAAGAUAUACCAGGUAUCUCUACUACCUCAAUACUUAUCUCAUAAUAUCAUAAUAAAACCAGGUUACAAUUUUUUACCCUUGUUCUUGCAGUCAGUCAUUGACAAGGAAAGGAAAGGGGACUACCUUGGAAGAACUGUACAGGUGGUUCCGCAUAUUACUGAUGCAAUCCAAGAGUGGAUUGAGCGAGUAGCUAACGUUCCCGUGGAUGGAAAGGAAGGUCCUCCUGAUGUCUGUGUGAUCGAAUUAGGCGGGACUAUAGGUGAUAUUGAAUCUAUGCCCUUCAUCGAGGCCCUUGGUCAAUUCUCGUAUAAAGUUGGACCUGGUAAUUUCUGCUUGGUUCAUGUGAGCCUUGUGCCUGUUCUCAGUGUUGUUGGUGAACAGAAGACAAAGCCAACCCAGCAUAGUGUGCGAGGACUCAGGAGCCUUGGUUUGACACCAAAUAUCCUAGCAUGUCGCAGCACGAAGGCACUUGAGGACAAUGUGAAGACAAAACUAUCUCAAUUUUGCCAUGUGCCGGAAGAGAAUAUCGUAACGCUCUAUGACGUUCCAAAUAUCUGGCACGUUCCGCUGCUUUUAAGGGAUCAAAAGGCGCAUGAAGCAAUCUUAAAAGAGUUGAACCUCGUUGGCAAAGCUGUAGAGGCAGACUUGGCAGAAUGGACUGCAAGAACUAAAAUUUAUGAUACGCUGCAAGAUCCUGUUAGAAUUGCUAUGGUUGGAAAGUACACUGGCCUUACUGAUUCUUACCUUUCCGUGUUGAAGGCCCUUUUGCAUGCUUCUGUUGCAUGUCACAAGAAGCUUGUGGUAGAGUGGGUUGCAGCCAGUGACCUCGAAGAAAUUACAGCACAAGAAGCGCCAGAUGUCCAUAAAGCUGCAUGGGAUCUUUUGAAGGGUGCUGAUGGUAUUCUAGUACCAGGAGGUUUUGGUGAUAGAGGAGUGCAAGGAAAGAUACUUGCUACAAAGUAUGCCCGUGAAAAUAAAGUCCCUUUCCUUGGCAUUUGCCUGGGAAUGCAGCUGGCUGUUGUUGAAUUUGCCCGUUCCAUUCUUGGUUUUGAUGAUGCAAACAGCACAGAGUUUGAACCAGAAACUUCAAGCCCUUGCGUGAUAUUUAUGCCAGAAGGAUCCACAACUCAUAUGGGGGGCACAAUGCGCUUAGGGUCAAGGAGGACUCACUUUCAGGUUGCUGAUUGCAAGUCUGCCAAGUUGUACGGUAACGCAAAGUUUGUUGAUGAGCGACACCGGCACAGAUAUGAGGUAAAUCCAGAUAUGAUAUCAGAAAUUGAGAAUGCUGGGCUCUCAUUUGUUGGGAAGGAUGAGACUGGGCGUCGUAUGGAGAUUGUAGAACUACCAACUCAUCCAUACUUUGUGGGCGUUCAGUUCCAUCCUGAAUUUAAGUCCAGACCUGGAAAACCUUCUGCAUUGUUUCUAGGUCUUAUAGCAGCAGCGUCUGGAUGUCUAGAAUCAGUUCUGCAAACAGGUGGCAAGGUGAUCAAAGCUUCGACGAAUGGAGUGGCCAAUGGAACAUCAACGGGGAAAGUUUACCAGAACGGCAAUAUGUAUAGCAAUGGAAACGGGUUUCACCACUGACUCAAGAAGGGAACAACAAUGUUACUGCAUUUUAGAGCUUUCUUGCUUUCCUUUUUAAUGUUUUCCUUUGAUCAAAGCCAGUCUCCAUGUAUAGCCCCUGAGGUUUGUUUCCUUGUCUUGAAGACUUGUUGUUGGGUUUUGUUUAGGUUUUGGGGAGAGACGUGGAUGUGAAUGUGCUUCCUGUUUUUGGGGUGCUUUUUGUCUUUCGUAGGUAAUAGUAAUAAAGAUUUCCUAAUCUAGUUAUCUAGUAAUAUAUGUAGCAGCUUCUUUGUGUCUUUAAUGUUCAUGUUUUGCAACCAAACAAGGUGGCAUCGUUGAGUUAGCAAGGAAACUUUGCAGUUUA